AUGGACCGCCCGAACUACAUUGACCUUUCUGGGGACUUUACUCGCGCACCCAGUGCGCUAUCGAAAAGUGGUCACAUUUCACCCAGGAUACAACAUUUUGAUGGCGACGUUCCUCCGGCCCUCUCGCCGCUCGACGCCAUUGCUGCCAGGAGUCGGAGAUUGGCCAAAGAGUUGGAAGAGACCCGGUUAGCAGGCGAACGGCGCAUGAGCAGACUUCCACCCCAGGUCGUGACCGAUUCCCUGAUUGAACACCAGAACAACCGUCCUACAAUCUUCCGUGCCUUGUCAGAUGGCGUGGACGCUGUGCCUCCUUUGCCAACCCUGGACAAAGACUUCGCGGCCAACUUCCCUCGAGUGGCAAACCCGUCCCAGCGCCCCGAAUCCCAGCACGUCCGUAUGAGUGCUGUCUUUGGUCCCAAGGAUGGACUUAAGGGUAAGGGGCUUCCUCACGCCGAGGACUACUUCGGAGCACGUCGAGUCGAGUCACCUGCCCCUAUGGACCACAAAGAGCCUGUUUUGUCAUCGCAGAGCAUCCCAAGCCCGAUACUAGGCCAUCAUUCGGCAAUCUCGCGUCAGAUCUCCAAUGAUUCUCAGACAGAUCUAGGCUUGGCACCACCUCGCUCCUCUUUCGGCAGACUACGACCAUACCAUGACGCUUCAGAUGACGAUUAUACCAGCUCAAAUGCUGGCUCGACCUUUUCGCAGUCCAGACAGUUUUCCGCCAGCAGUGGAAUGUCAGCUCCGCAUUCGCCCAUGUCACCGUACGCCACCUCUCACAGCAGGACACCGUCCAACAUUUCACUCGGCUCUCCCUCUCGAAGUGGUUCGAUGCGUAACUUCUCGCGACCAAUGAGUUCAUCGAGCAUGAACAACCUCAAAGCCGAGCCUAGCCCUACGAAAGGUCCUUUGGCCAUACAGAUGAGUCAUCUUCGGAAUGCCAGUUCUUUUGACGACACCAAGCAUGCAGACGGAUACCUAGCUGGGGAAGCUUCUUCAUACACCCAUGCAAAAUGGAGCCUGCCACGGGGUCGGCAGGUAUCAGACCGGAAUUCAGGCGUGUUCCAGAGUCUUUCCACACCACAUUUUGAGUGGCAAGAGCCAAUGUUCCCGGGGACCCCUCCCUUAGAAGGUAAACGGAGCACUGAUCUGCCUGUGCCAUCGCCAAUAGCAUCUGCACGACCAAGCACGGAAGAGACCAGCCAAGAGAGAACAGGCUUCUCCUUUGAAUUCGACUCUGACGGAACGCUUUCUUUCAAGGAGAAGCCUAGCGCGCCAAUAGUAUCAAUAACGGCCACAGAUUCUCUGAAAUCAAAUAGCUUCUCUGACCCGCGGCCUUCGACCGGUGCACCUCCCAUCGUCGCCAUCCGACCACCACCUGCGCCACUGUCUCCGGUUGAGGAAGCAUCUCAAUCCUCACGAUCUAAUAGUACGAUCCGGCCUUCCACAGCUCGCACUGUGAGCAACUAUCAAGCCCUCUCCGCAGAUGAGCACGUCACUAAAGCGAUCGAACUUCAUGAAAGAGGGCAACUAAACGAGUCUACAUACCAUCUGAGAAAAGCGGCGCAUAAAGGUAAUUCGACGGGAAUGCUCUUGUACGCACUCGCGUGCCGUCAUGGAUGGGGUAUGCGAGCAAAUCCGAAAGAUGGUGUGCAAUGGCUACGUAAAGCUGUCGACUGUGCCAUGUUGGAAGUUGCGGAAGAUGAAGAUCCCGCCACAAGAAAACCGGGGACGGAUUUCAACGACAAAAAGACACAUCGAGCUCAGUUUGCUCUUAGUAUAUAUGAGUUGGGUGUUUCGCAUCUCAAUGGCUGGGGCAUUGAACAAGACAAAGCACUUGCCUUGAGAUGUUUUGAGAUUGCUGGAAACUGGGGCGAUACAGACGCAUUGACAGAAGCUGGCUUUUGUUAUGCUGAAGGUAUCGGAUGCAAGAAAGACAUGAAGAAGGCUGCCAAGCUGUACCGCAUGGCAGAAGCGAAGGGAGUCAGUAUGAUCGGAAACAGCUGGAUCCAUAAGGACAAAUAUAACGACACUGAUGAUGAGAGGGAAGAUCGAUCCAGGUCUUCGAGGAAGACAUCCUCGGACAAACCACGCAACAAGUCCAAGUCGCGUGGUCUCUUUGGUCGAAAAAAGUCUACUCAUGUAUAG